AGAGUUUGUUGUAGUACACGCCGUCGUGCAGCUAGCUAGCUAGCUAUGGAGCAUGGAGCAACCCGCUGGAACCAUGCAGAGGGCGCUAGUCCAGUUGGAGAAGUCGUUUGGCUACACCUCGUUUAAGUCUGACCUCCAAAAGAGGGCUGUUCUCUCCAUUACAGAAGGAGCGAGCAAUGUCUUGGUGUCCAUGCCGACGGGGUCAGGCAAAUCUCUCUGCUACCAGCUCCCAGCGCUUCUCUCCAAGGGGGUAACCCUGGUAAUUUCACCGCUAAUUGCCCUCAUUGAGGACCAGGUAUCCCAGCUGCACUCAAAGGGGCUCCGGGGAGAUGCUCUCAACUCCAAAACCGCCGCUGUCGACCGGAAACGGAUUCUGGCGGACCUGAAAAGUGAUCGACCGUCAGUGAAACUCCUGUACAUCACGCCGGAACUGGCAGCAACGGACGGAUUUCGGUCCCUUCUCAUGUCACUUCACGAGAGGGGGCUCAUAUCACGUGUGGCGGUGGACGAGGCCCACUGUAUAUCAGAAUGGGGGCACGACUUCAGACCCGACUACCUCAAACUGGGGGAUCUCAGACUCGCCUUUUCGGACGUUCCGUUCCUGGCUCUCACGGCAACGGCUACGAAACAAGUCCAGAGGCAGAUCGAGAGCAACUUGAAGAUGCCUUCGCCCGUCACCAUGUUCAAGAUGCCGUGUUUCCGGUCAAACCUGUUUUACGACGUAAAACACAAGGACGUUCUCCGGGACUCGUUCAAGGACCUGAGGGAUUUCGUGCGCAGCUCCCUGGGUGAGGGGGAGGGGAGGGAGGCGGGGAUUAUAUACUGCAGGACAAGGGACGGGUGCCAGUCGCUGGCUGGACGAUUGACGAGUGGAGGAGUGAAGGCGAGAGCCUACCAUGCUGGUCUGGGAGGUAAGGAGAGAACCGAGGUUCAACACCAGUGGAUGGAGGGUCAGAUCCCAGUCAUCGUGGCUACCGUCAGCUUCGGAAUGGGUGUGGACAAAGGCAACGUCAGGUUUGUAGCUCACUGGACACUGCCAAAGUCGCUGGAGUCCUACUACCAGGAGUCUGGCAGAGCAGGUCGAGAUGGCAGACAGUCUUUCUGCAGAAUAUACUACUCCAGGUUUGAUCGUAACGAAAUUGUGUUCCUCAUGAAGCGAGACGCUGGCCGGAUGAACAAGAAGAGCAAAUCUCCAGCCGUUUCAGCCAAGGUCAAGGAAGCAUCCGAGAAAAGCUUUGAAGCACUUGUCAAGUACUGCGAAGUUCCGUGCUGCAGGCACGGAGCAAUUGCUGACUACUUUGGAGACCCGAAACCAAACUGCGGGAAGUCGUGCGACUUCUGCAAGAACCCCCGAGAGGUGAAGGAGGCUGCGAGGGACAUGAAGUUGUGUCAGAAAGGAGGAGGGAGGGUGGGCGGGGGAGGGAUGACGGUCUUUGAACGGGGGGAACCUGAUUCCUCGCUCUACGGUGGAGGGAGGUGGGGCUACAAGAGAUGGUCUUGCUUCCCUUUUGCUAAAGUGUAUACAGCAUCAGUCUCCUCUGACUCCAGAGAUGGGUGUGGCAGUGAUGGAGAGGGAGAAGUGGAGGAGGGUGACAGGGCAGAUGAGAAGCGAAAAAGAAUCCUUGACCAACUCAUCGAGUCUGAGUUCAGGAAACGGAGAAGAAUUGACAAAUCUCCUGAGGAAAUGGAAGUUCCAGGUCCAGACUGCAUGCUGAAAGAGGCAACCAAUUUCAAGAGAGUACCAAAGCUCACAAUCAAGGUGAGGGAGCAUUGUCUGACGCAACUGAACAAGGCCCUGGAAGAGAACAGCAGAGUCUGUACCUCUCAUUUCCUGUCUCCGGCCGUCUCACUGGGGAAGUUGGAGGCAGCGGCUGUGGGUAUGGAGUAUAGCGUCUUCCUCGGAGUCAAACGACAGAGAUUGGCCGGUGUACCAGAGAGGGCCAGCUACACUCAAGUGAGUGACGGUGUGUUGGGAUUUGUUAAGGCCUCCCAGCUAGUGGACAGUCACCGAGAAAGUGUCCCGCACAAAGUCGGUGGCAGUUCACUGAGCAACAAACCCCCGGCUUCCUUUGUCGCAGCCUCGAAAUUGGUGUCUGAUUCAAGAGUGGCGACGCAAAGUGAUCCUGUUGUGUUUGAUUAUGAUGAUGAUGAUGCUUCUGGUCAAAGCGGUGCACCACAGAGCAAGAGAUGGAGUGAGAGAGAAAGCCCAGCUUUUGGAGCUACGGAAGUCACCAGUAAAGAUAGCCACUCGUGUAAACCGGAUAGUACCGGAGUCGGCAGACUCAAGAGGGUUAAAGUUGACCCCAACGACCUCUUUGAAGACGACCCCUCUAGUGAGGACGAGGCUUCGCCAGUUCCCCGGGUAUCAGGACCACAGAUGUUUGGAUUCCAAAUGGCAUCCAGUCUGUGCGUCACAUCUCCCGUGCCAUCCCAGUCUUCCACAGUCUCCAGUGAUAUGAAGACCAGAGUGACAUCAUCGUCCCUGACGUCGUCAGUUGCCGUGGAGAUUGGCGGGAGGGGGAAGGGAGGGAAAGGGACAACUGGACACACAAAACCACUUCCAAAGAUUACCAGCCUCUUCGAAAAGUCUGGAGAACCCUCUACAGGGCAUGAAUCGGCUGGGAAUCCAUCUGAGCCUGUGGAGAGUGUGGGUACAGAGUUCAGCACUGGAGUUGACUAUCAAACAGACCAUGACACCUAUAGAGUCGAGCAAGUUGUGCCGUGCAAGAAUGGACUGAUUGCUCUCGAAGAAGAGGCACUCCCUGUCAUUAGCAGUCGGAAGAAAGCCAUUGCAGAUGUUGUGGUGAAGGUGCUCUCAACCUAUUACAAGAAAAGGAGGAUUGCCAGUAAAGAUUUGUUCAAGCAGUUUGCAAAGAGAGUUUCAGCGCAUUUUCUUGACCAGAAGAUUUCAAACUCAUCAGUUGAAAAGGAUGUGAUGAAGUUGCUCAAGAGCUAUUUUGACAAGUACGGCAAAUUCAACUCCAAUUCUGACUUGGAGAAACUUGACAGAAUUUUGACUCGUUUGUUAUAAUCAUUAUUCCUACCCAAAACCCAAAUCAUAAGAUUAUUAAUUAUCAUCAGUCAAUCACCAACAAUUAUCUGUUAUCAUCAGUGAAACCCUGAAAUCAUGAUCCUCACAAUUAUUAUCCACAGUUUCUAUUAUUAUUCAGAAAUCAUAAUAGUUUAAAGUUGCUCAUUGGUCUGCUAUUGCUAGCACCUUUCUCCACAAAUUUGCUGGAAGUUUGAUGGAACAUUCAGAUGAUUGCAGACCAACAGAUGAUGUGCUGUCUGCUGGGCAGCUGGUAAUACCAACGGUCAGAAUUUUAGCCGCAGUUUCCUGGACUCGUGAGUCUACCAGUGCCACUGUAAUUUCCCUGACCCUCUCAUCAACACUCAUCAGACCCCUGAAAUAGCACAGAGCUUCUGCCUCAAGCCUGUCUAGAUACCCCCCAUCACACUCUGUGCAGUCCCGGUCCCUUUCAAAACUCUCCAGAAGCUCUGACUGUAUCUGGUUUACUCUGAGAACAAGCAUCUUGUAAAAAAGCCGGAAGAAAUCCACACUCUGAGCUGCAACACCAGCUAAUAGUUCAGGAGAUAGUGUCCAAAACUGACUGCAGGCGACAUCACUACAUUCCUCUGUGGCACUCUGCAGCAGAGGACCACUAGUGGGUGUAGGAGGUGAGGAUGUCUUGGCCUGCAGGCACAGCUCGAGCCACUCUAGAAUGAUGGCAGUAGUGAUGGACUUAGAUCCAGAGCUAGCGGGAGGAAGUUUAGGGGCAGUAGAAGGUUCGACUGACAACGCAGAUGAUGAUGGUGAGUGAAUUUGAGAGACGAUUGAAAAAAGUAUCACCUC